AACAACUCAGCAACUUGUUAUAAUGUGUUUUAGCGUGUUGACCUUCAGACACAAUUAAUUUUUAUCCUACAAGAGAGACCACUUUUACAGGAAUGGAUCCUAAUUGGCAACUAAGCAAUUUGCAUCUCGGCAACCACUGUUACCUAGAGACUGUCAUUUCUCUUGCCACAAAUAGAGAAUGGCUCAUAUACUGAUCCACUUGUUUCUACAUCUAAUUAUUUUCUUGAAAGUAGCUUUAGCGCAACUAGUAACAAUCCAGGAUCAAUGUUUGCCAACAACAUGUGGCGAUUACGGUCCAGUUGUUCGAUUCCCUUUUCAUCUAAAAAAUCAUCAGCCAAGUCAUUGUGGCUACCCUGGUUUCGAAUUAUCUUGUACCUCAACCAAUGUUACUCAACUCAAGCUCCAGUUUCCAUUAAAAGCAACGGUCAACAACAUUGACAUUCCAAUAUCAGCCAAUGUUUCUGUCCAGGAAAUUGAUUACAAGUCACAGACAAUAACAUUAUCAGACCUCAAAGCCUCGUGUCUUCCCAGGCAGAUAUCGAACAUAAAUUCAUCUGCUUCGCAGUUUACCAUAGAUCAAACCGCGUAUGGUGGCUUCACUUUAUUCAAUUGUUCGUCAAAUAAAAGAUACCCGUCGUCUUCUGAUCGGGUCAAGUGCCUUAGCGGACCAAACUAUGACGUCUAUGCUUUUCGCUCUUACGAUAGAAUUUCUCAGUUUCCGUCAACUUGUACUAAGAUGUACAACAUUUCAGAUGUUCCAUACGAGGUACUUUUCGGGCAGCCAUAUAGUCAAACAUCGAUUAGGCUGCACUGGUCUGAACCAUUUUGUGGGAAUUGUGAAGAUGAUGGAAAGUACUGCAGGUUGAAAUCCAAUAGUUCAAGUACUGAAACCGAAUGCGUUGACAUUCCAGAAGAUCCUAGCAAAGGGCUGUCAAAGAAAGUUACUGCUGCAAUUGUAUUAGGUAGUGUGUUUGCCUUUGUGUUAAUCGGUCUAGCAGUCUACACGAUUGUCAAACGGAAAAUGAAGAAGGAGGAUCAGAAGAGGAUUGAAAGGUUUUUGGAGGAUUAUAAAGCUCUGAGACCUACAAGAUACAGUUAUGCAGAUAUUAAGAGGAUCACGGAGCAAUUCAAGUAUUUACUUGGUAAAGGAGGCUAUGGGAAAGUAUACAAAGGGAAGCUAUCGAAUGAAAUUCUUGUCGCGGUGAAGGUACUUACCAAUCUCAAGGGUGAAGGGGAGGACUUCAUCAAUGAAGUGGGGAGCAUAGGUAGAAUUCACCAUGUGAACGUUGUGCGCUUAGUAGGAUAUUGUGCUGAUGGUUACAGACGAGCUCUUGUGUAUGAAUAUUUAUCAAAUGACACACUUCAAAAGAUCAUAUCAUCAGGGAAUGGAAGAAGUUCAUCACUAGGUUGGGAGCAGAUGCAGCAGAUAGCUGUAGGAAUCGCCAAGGGAAUUGAGUAUCUGCAUCAAGGCUGCAAUCAACGAAUCGUUCAUUUCGAUAUCAAACCUCAUAAUAUCUUGCUAGACCAAGACUUCAAUCCGAAAGUUGCAGAUUUUGGCUUGGCAAAGUUGUGCUCCAAGGAGCAAAGUGCUGUGUCAAUGACCGCUGCUCGAGGCACUAUUGGCUAUAUCGCCCCUGAAGUGUUCUCUAGGAACUACGGAGAUGUGUCAUAUAGAGCAGAUAUCUAUAGUUUUGGCAUGCUGUUGCUUGAUAUGAUUGGUGGAAGGAACAAAUUUGAUGACGCUGCGAAUGAGGAGAACAGUAGCAGUCAGAUUUACUACCCGGAGUGGAUGUACAAACAACUCGAGAAAGGAGAAGAAAUAUCAAUCCAAAUUGAGAAUGAAAAUGACAACAGCAUAAUCAAGAAACUAGCAAUCGUAGGACUUUGGUGCAUUCAAUGGUAUCCGGCGGAUAGGCCAUCCAUGAAAGUUGUGAUUCAAAUGCUAGCAGGAGAAGGUAUUCCCAUCAUGCCCCCAAAUCCAUUCGGCUCUAUGAAUUCGACAAACGUGAUGAGGACUACUGCAGAGGGAAGCCAAUUCAGCAGUGAGAUUGAAAGCAGUUUUGAAUCUGGUGCAAGUUUGAAUUCAGUAGAUGUGAUGCAUAAUAAUUUUCUCCACAAAGAACAGAAUAAGACUGAAGUUGAUCGAUACUCCUGCUAGUAUGUCCUUGGUGUAUAUAUGUAUCAGUUUGGUUGUUAUAAAUUGUACUUAAUAGAACUUUGAGUGAAGCUGAUUUCUCAAAACAGAGAAUUUACUUCACAAAACAGCAAGUGAGACUUGUUAAGUUGCAAUAUGACCAUUUGGCUUGUAAAAUUA